GGAGCGGGCAGUCGCCGGCGUCAUCGUGUCAUGAGCGGUUGUGCCAUGUCUUUCGAAGAGAUACUCGCGAAAGUUAAGCAGCACCCGGAGCUGUGGCUCCCGACGCACAAGUUCUACAAGUUUAAGUCGCACCAAAUCAAGGCCUGGGAGCAGAUUGCGACGGAGCUCAAUAUAGAGGAAAAGCUACUCAAAACAAGAUGGAAGUACCUGAAAGACCACUACCGCAAGGAAAUGAAGAAGAUCGUGGCUAAGGACUUGGAGAAGUCACGCUGGCACUACUUCGAUCAGCUAAGCUUCCUCACAGAAGAACUACUCUCAGAAGGGAAGAGGAAAAUAUAUAAAGAACCGCCAGAGACAGACAGCGAUCAAGAACCACCGAAAAAAAAGAUACUUCCAGAACCUUCUAGCAGUACUGCAGAUCCCAGUCUAUUCAUGAUCAGUAAGUUGAAGGAAAUAACAGACAAGAUAGAUAGCCAAAGCGGUAGCAGUGAAGAUCUAAAGAAUGACCCAGACUAUAUGUUCCUAAUGAGCGUCCUGCCAACAGUCCGGAAUUUGUCAGAUGUACAGAAAUUUGUGUUCAGAGGAAAGAUAAACGAAUGGUUGUUAGAGGCACUAACUCAAAAUGAAUAUUCAGAGCAGUAUGAGCCAAAAUACAUAGUGGAUUCAUAGCGUAAGCUUGAUGAAAUCGUUGAAAAUAUCUAGUGAGUUUGUGUGGAAGACAAGACUUAUAAGUGAGAAUUAGGCUAUAUUUUAUGGUAGUUUGUAAGGUAAACAUUAGUUAUGAUCAUUAUUAUUAAUUUUCAACACGAUAACGUGUACAGUCUGCACAAAUUAUUGUGUUUUAGCACGCUAAGUUUUAAAAUAUUUUCCUAAUUUCGAAAUACUUGAUAUUUGAUCUUUUGUCAUAGUUGUAUAUAGGUAUUAUGUAAAUAAACAUUUUUGGGCUUAA